GUCCGCUCUGCGCCCCGUCUCCGCGUCGCUACUUCCGGCGUCCGAAGCUGACGCCGCGGCUGCGCACUGAGCGCUUCCUCUGGCUGCGGCGCCGGGCAGGAGAUGGCGAAGCGCACCAAGAAGGUUGGGAUUGUGGGUAAAUACGGUACCCGGUAUGGCGCAUCCCUCAGGAAAAUGGUGAAGAAGAUUGAAAUCAGCCAGCAUGCCAAGUACACCUGCUCCUUCUGUGGCAAGACCAAAAUGAAGAGAAAGGCUGUGGGUAUCUGGCACUGUGGAUCCUGCAUGAAGACAGUUGCUGGUGGUGCCUGGACUUACAACACCACCUCUGCAGUGACAGUCAAAUCUGCCAUCAGAAGACUGAAGGAAUUGAAAGACCAGUAGAAGCUAUGUUGUUGCAAAACAGUUUUUUCCUCCCACUGUCAGGAUCUGUCCUUUUAACAAUAAAGAGGUGAUAAUGGAA